GCCCCGCUGGUGUCAAACUGUGAUGUACGAGCAGUGACGCAGCGGCCAUUUUCCCGCUGGACGCGGCUUCCCAUUGUGGAAACGAAGAACAAAACAGCCAAGCGAAACAUUGCUCACGACUUACACUCACUUUUACUCCAGGUGAUCUGUAAAGAGCCAUGGCCCGUACCAAGCAGACUGCCCGUAAGUCCACUGGAGGCAAAGCUCCACGUAAGCAGCUGGCCACAAAGGCAGCAAGGAAGAGCGCCCCUUCCACCGGUGGAGUCAAGAAGCCUCAUCGUUACAGGCCCGGUACUGUGGCUCUGCGUGAGAUCCGUCGUUACCAGAAGUCCACUGAGCUGCUGAUCCGUAAGCUGCCCUUCCAGCGUCUGGUGAGGGAGAUCGCCCAGGACUUCAAGACCGACCUGCGCUUCCAGAGCGCCGCCAUCGGAGCCCUGCAGGAGGCCAGCGAGGCCUACCUGGUGGGUCUGUUCGAGGACACCAACCUGUGCGCCAUCCACGCCAAGCGUGUCACCAUCAUGCCCAAAGACAUCCAGCUGGCGCGCCGUAUCCGUGGAGAGCGCGCCUAAAAACGCUCUCUUCUUCUUCACCUUUGUUCCUUUCCUCCCUUCGCUAUUCCGUCUUUCCUCGCCUUCGACCCUCACACCCCGCCCCGCCUCACCUCCCCCUCCUCUCCCCUCCCUGUGUUAGUAGUGUGUAGAGGAAAGCUGAUUAUAUUAUAAUGAAAGGGUAUAGUUGUGUUUUCUUAGUGCUGUCAGCGGCAGACUUCUAGGGUACUCUAUUUUUGUGCAUGUACCAACUCUGUGAUGACGAGGCCUCCUCAGGCACGUCUCUCCUCGUCUGUCCUGCUUUUAGACGGUGAGGGAGCGAACAGUUUGUGGGCAGAAAACCAGCCGACCACAGACUGGGAUGAUGCAACAGAGGAAGGGCCGAACAGGUGGAGAGGACGGGCCUUUUUUCUGCUGGGGGUUCUCUUCCCCGCAGCAGGGUGCUAGAAGAACUCGACCUUUCCUCUCCCCCUGCUUCAUGUCUUCUUCCAGCUCCACUCAGACGCAGGCAGAAACGGGUGGGGGGGGGGAGGUGUCUGAGCGUUGGCUCUGAUCGCCUCACAAGUUGUAUCCAGUCCAUCUUCGCUUACCAUUUUCAUCACUGAUGUUAUCUCCCAUGCCAGGAUUUUCCUUUGGGGAAAAAAAGCCUAAUUUUAUUUUAUUUUUUAUUUUAUUUUUUUCCUUUUCUGUUUUUUCAAAACUCAGAUUAUUUGUUGAUAACAGAGAUGGGGGGAUGAUUCAGAAUAAAAUGCAGAACAAGGAGGCAGAUAUAUAAUUUUAUUCACUCAAAAUGAUGCUCCUGACUGGUUCUGACACCACAGCGUGAUCUUUAUCUCGUAGCCGUUUAAUUUCCUAACAAACUAAAAACUCUGAUCUCUCCUAUUUUUUUUUUUGUGCCGUUCAAAUUGGUUUCCUCUAUUUAUUUAAAGCCAAAGCAGAAUGUUGUCAGAUAUAUUUUGUAGCUGUGGUUCACUUAAAAGAAAAUGCCUUGAUGUUGCAAAGGUUUCUGGGAGUUUAUGGUUUUCUCUAAAAUCAAAAUUUCUCAGAGUAUGAUUUGAUUUUUUUCUUUUCUGUUUUUUUAGAAAAGUGGAAAAAAAAAACUAAAAAUAAAACGUAUUCUAAAUUCAGGUGACACAGGUAAUGCUAAUAUGUUUCUGUAUACGUCCCCCCAUACAUAAUUUCUUUUCCCCCCUUUGGAUCAGUUGAUCAUGUUUCUCAGGUCACUCUUUUAACAUUAUUUUUAUUCGAUUCUGUUCAGUUUGAUUUUUUUUUUCCUCUUUUGUUUUUUCUUUUGUUAUUUUGAAAUGUUGAAAAUAAUUUUUGAAUAAACAAUGUUUGUAAUUUCCAGAUUUGUCAUAUAAGGUGGUAAUAAAUGGAUGUUACACACACU